GGGCGUGCACGGAUGUAACGGAUUACGGAGACACAGCAGACGCAAAUGGAGAGAGGGAGGAGAAUGGAUAAGGGAUAUACGUAACUAGAGCCUCAAUUGUAGCAGCGAAAAUAAUAUAGAACACACAGUAGGCUACAGAAAGUAACAUCAAUAUGCGGGACUAGGCUGGAUAAGAGAAUAGCCUAUGGAUUAAAUAGUCUACCAAAUCGGGUUGACCAAUUGUAUCACCUGCAAUCAUUCUUUCAACGCUGUGGCCCUUGAUACAUUGUUUUUAUUUUCAAGCAAUAAUUUUGGAAACAUUUUGCGCUACGACGACUCGUCGCCUCUGAGAUCCUGCUAUUUAAAUAUAGGCCUACAUAAAUGUUAUAGGAUAAAAAAUAAAUACAAAAUUGGGGGGGUUCACGAUCUGCAUCCACUCUUGUGGCAAUGUCGAAAACACCGUGAUCUUAACUGUGGCUAAACCGGUCGACAUACAUCAUUGUAGUGGAGUUAUCUGUGGCUUCCGUAGCUACGGUACUGCCUGUGUUGAGAACUCUUUCCAGUGAUGUUCUCACAAAUACAAGUUUCCUAAUAAUUGGACUGUUCUACCCAGACCAUAGCCACAAUUCUAAACCAAUAGAGAGUGAGUGGGGUUACCAGCAGAAGAGACCAAUAAGGCUUUCCUGCAGCACAGCACACAGUGACCAUGUCUUCCAGGGAGCGUCGGUCAGAACUGUACAUCAAGGCAGAGCCCAGCAGUCCAGAUGGCUGUGGUGGGGGCCGGGCCAGCCCAGGGGGAGCCUCCUCAGACUCCUCCCAGAGUGGUGGAGGUGGAAAUAGAAGAGACGGGGUUGGGCGCUACUCACCCCAUCUGUACACCCCAGCCCUGCGCUGCCACUUCAAGGAGGAGGGUGGGGAUGGGGUAGAGGAGGGAUCCACAGGUAGCGGAGGAGGGCGGUGCAAGUAUGCCCUGAGCACGCUACCUAAGAGACUGUGUUUAGUGUGUGGAGACGUAGCCUCUGGCUACCACUACGGUGUAGCCUCGUGUGAAGCCUGCAAGGCCUUCUUCAAGAGAACCAUCCAGGGUAACAUUGAAUAUAGCUGUCCGGCGUCAAACGAAUGUGAGAUCACCAAGAGGCGCAGAAAGGCUUGCCAGGCGUGCCGCUUCACCAAGUGCCUCAAAGUGGGCAUGCUGAAAGAGGGAGUCCGUCUGGACCGAGUCAGAGGAGGGAGGCAGAAGUAUAAAAGACGUCCAGAGGUGGAGAGCGCGACCUAUCAGAGUGCCGCUUUACCGCUUAGGAAGGAAGGGGAGAAAGGAUCCUCCAGCAUCAUUGUGUCCCACCUCCUGGUGGCAGAGCCAGAGAAACUGUUUGCCAUGCCUGACCCCCUGCAGCCUGAUACGGCUCAGCGCACACUCACCACCCUCUGUGACCUCGCCGACCGCGAACUGGUCGUCAUCAUCGGCUGGGCCAAACACAUCCCCGGCUUCCUGUCGCUGUCCCUGGCAGACCAGAUGUCGGUGCUGCAGUCGGUGUGGCUGGAGGUGCUGGUGCUGGGUGUGGCCUUCCGCUCCCUGGGCUGUGAGGAUGAGGUAGUGUUCGCUGAGGACUUUGUCCUUGACGAGGAGAUGUCCCGCGUGGCUGGACUGACAGAGCUCAACGCAGCCGUCAGCCAGCUGGCCCGACGCUUCCGCUCCCUGCAGCUGGACCGGGAGGAGUUUGUCAUGCUCAAAGCCAUCGCACUCACCAACUCAGACUCUGUGUACAUAGAGGACAUAGAGGCAGUGCAGAAGCUGAGGGACCUCCUUCACCAGACCCUGUUGGAGCUAGAGUGCCAGCGACGCCCCGAGGACCCCCAGCGGGCGGGGCGUCUCCUCCUCACCCUCCCCCUUCUCCGCCAGACAGCUGGUCGCGCCCUCACCACCUUCUACAGCAUCAAGACCCGAGGCGGCGUGCCCAUGCACAAACUCUUCCUAGAGAUGCUGGAAGCCAUGAUGGACUCGCCCUAGAGAGAAGAGAGGAAAGCCAAGGAAAGAGGAUGCAAAGGCAUGAGAGACAGGGAAUCUGCAAAGAAUGAAUGACUGGCUGGUGUGAUUGGAUUGAAGUUUUUAUUCGAUUUUGAUAAUGAAGAAUGUGGAGAUUGUCUGUGGAUUGUUUUGUUUUUUAAUCAUCGACCUCUUCAGAGAUUCAAGUGUGUUUAAAAACAGAGAGAACCCAUGUACAUGUAUUAGAUGCCCUCUGUGGAGGUUGAUGGUGGAAUAUAACUCCUUAAUACAUGACCGCCAAACUUUGUUGAAAGACUCCAAGACUCGGUCAGUUCAAAUAUGGGAAUAAACUACAUCCAAUCAAUCUGAAUGACAGAAUCAUAUUAGAUGCCCUCUAUCCCUAACCUUCAGAUGAUAAACUACUGAAGGACUGCAGUGAGAUAUCUAAGACCAGACUGUAACCUUGUGGCUAAGACUUUAUGGCGAACGAUGCAAUUACCUCCCUCCACACAAAAGCCAUACUAAAAUACCAGACAAAGAAAUAGCCAUUGACAAUGACUGCAGUAUGGGGUCAGACCGACAUGCACCCAUAAGAGUAUUUGUAGGUUUCUCUACAUACACAGUCUUACAAUGCAUUCAUAUGAAUUACUUGCAAUGUGUUUUUAAGCAAUACUUUUACAUACAAUUAAUUGCAAGAAAAAUAAUAGUUGUGACUCGUAUGGCAAUGACUGGCUAUACAUAUAGGCUUAGGUGGCCAGGUGGGUGUGGAAAAACUGCUUUAUAAAAGGCUGUGCAAUUGAUUAUUAGUCUAAGAAAAGAAGAAUAUUAUGAUUGUCAACAAAAUGUUGACGUGUCUCUUUACUUGGAAGUUGUUAGAUUUGAUUUAUACUGUAAGUAGACUCAAUAGGUACACAAAAAAUGGAAUACUGCUCAAGUAGUUGUGUGCGAGACAGAAGGGAAGGUUUACUGCAGUGUUGGCACCACAUUGAAGCAAUGAAGGUGCAGCAAAAUCGAUCUCUUCGCUAGUCCUCUCCAACCCGUCUGAUUCAGAUGGAAUGUGCUGCUUAAAACCGUUAGUUUGAUUAACUGAAUUGGCCAUUAUGAGUGAUCAAAUUGACUUGGGACUCAAAUUAGGAAUUUAAACGGUUAUAUUUUCAUUGUUGUGCCAGCGAAACAGAUUGCUGCUGCUCUUGCAGCCGCUCAAAGACUGAAGAAAGGGACCUCUGUUGUUUUGACCUGGAGGUCCUCGUACUGUGUAUGAUCUUUGAACUGCAAGCAUAUUGGUGCCCAAAUGGGCAUUGAAUUGCAACACAUUCAGCCUCAUAUGGGAAGCUCCAGCCCAGUCUGACAGAUACCAUAGUUUUAAUCCUUUUCAAACCCACUGAGCACACACUGGUUGAAUCAAUGUGGCUUCCACGUAAUUUCAAUGAAACUACAUUGAACCAACGUGGAAUAGACGUAUUACUAGAAAUAACUGAAAACCGUUAUGAAUGUGUGUUUUCACUGUUAAAGAAAACGUUUGGACAUACCAAUGAGAGCUGAAGCCUGUAAAUGUAGGAGACGGUCCCUGACAUGAAUGAUGGAAUAGAUUAGACUGGUUGCCACUGUUAAUUGAAAUUCAUGCUUGAGUAUCUGGAUUUUCCAAUGUAGUUUUUUCUUUAAAAAAAAUUAAAUUUAAAUUGUUACACUUGGCCUCAGGUUUGGUACUGAAAUAAAGCAAUCCAUUGAGAAUAUUGUGACUUAUGUUUUUCAAAUGGAUUUUAGUAUGAAUUUUUUUCUUCUGACAAUGCUUUGAAUCUGUGAAGAAAACCAUGUCCUUUAGGAAUUGUUACACCAUUACUGAAUUGACAUACUCCCCUCUUAAGUAUCCCACCUACAUUAUCUGUCAGAGAUUCUGCAGUCUGUUCACUCUCCCAAACAAAUGUUCUAGAUUUAUAAUGUACCCAUUCAUUUCUGUUCUUCAUGGCUGUGGAUGUUUGCAUUUGACGUUUUGAUUUGUGACUAUUUGAAAUCUUUCUUUUUUUUCUUUUUUUUAAUUGAACAGUAGCAUUAGGUGCCAAUUGGCUCAACUCUGUUCUAUAUCUUGCGGUCUGAUUUGUUCUUUGUUCAAUCAUUAUUUUGUCAUUUUGUUUCUCAAAGGCGACUUGGAAUUUUUGAAAAUGUGUAAACAAACAUGGAUGCCUGGGUCCAGUUUAAGAAAGUUGUAAAAAAAGAUAUAUAAAUGUUUGUGUCAAUAAUAACUAAUAUAAUAAUACAAAGGUAGUGUUUUCAGAAGGAUCACUUUGUCUGUCAUAUAUAGGUAUGGUUCGGGGGGCAUUUAGAGUAUCACAAUUUAGAGGAUGUAAAAUCAUUGGUGGUUGUUGUAAAAUGAGCAAUACAAGAAAUUACCAAAACUCUGUUUCACAUUUCCUUGUAUAGUCACAAUGUAAAUUCAACAUAAACAGUAAUAAUAAUAAUAAUGACAUUUAAUAGUAGUACUAAAGCUUAUAACAUGGAAAAGUUCAAAUCAAUAUUUGUAUUUUUAAAAAUACUGUAUUUAAAAGAUUAAAUUCUAUUUUUUACUCAAUUUGCUGAUAUUUGUUGAUACUCAUUUGAUCUUUUGUGUGGGUUUAAGUCAAAUGGCUGUGAAUGUCCGUGUGUGUAUGUACUGUUUUUCAGUAAGCUACAAUGGUUAUUUUGACUGUCUAAACAAAAUUAUUAAAUUACAGGUGCAUUAUUACUAUGAAGAAAAGACAAAUGCUACACUGAAGUAAACAAGGGGUAGAUUAAAAUAUUGUAGGUGCUUUGUGUUUUGUAAUAAAUUAACACACACCAUCACAUUU